CGCGUGCACGAAGAAUUUUCUUUGUCCCUUCUCAUGGGGCUUUUUGGACUUUUUCUCAGGGGGUGAGGACGUCUGCCGUCUAAGCGACGACCUCCGCUCCGCAGCGGAUUUCUCUUCACGGCCAAGGAAUUGGUCUCCCCUCCCUCUCUCUUUCCGUUCUAACGUAAACCCAUUCUCUCAAAUCCAGUCUUUCGGAGAAGAUUUUUUUUUUUUUUUUUUUGGGCGGACGAAGAGAGGCAGUGGAUCUGCUGUUCGGCCGCGCUCUCUGUCUCUGCCGAUUCAUUGGUGACGACGCUGCUCUGGAGACCGUCCUUUCCGCUCGUCGUCUCUCCCUCUCUCUCUUUCUUUUCGUUACUGAGUGGGGAGGCAAAGGAAGCUUUACAGAAGAGAGUGGUCGGAUCUUAUGAUCAUUCCUCCAGCAAUUUUUACGUUGGAUCUGGAGGCAUAUUAAGGGAGUUCAAGAAGAAUGGCUCGAAGAUCGUCGUCGUCUUCAUCUAGUUGGUGGCGACUUCUUCAGCCAUCGUAUUACUUGAAGAGGCCGAAGCGCCUAGCCGCCCUGUUCAUCGCCUUCGUCUGUUUAAGUUUCCUCUUUUGGGAUCGCCAGACGCUGGUCCGAGAGCAUGAGGUUCUCCCCACAUCUCUCUCUUUCAAAAAGGUCGAGCUAUUGAAAUUAAAAGGAGAAUUACAUCAACUACGUGUCGAGUUACAUGAUACAAAGCGUCGUUUUGGGGAAUCAACAGAGGAUCUUCACUUUGAAAUUUCUAAAGAUAAAGAUAAGGAGGAGAAUCACAUUCAAGAAAUGGACCCCCUUGACAUGCAGCGCAGGGAGAAAGUUAAAGAAGCUAUGAUUCAUGCCUGGACCAGCUAUGAGAAAUAUGCUUGGGGCCAGGAUGAACUUCAGCCACAAUCCAAGAGCGGCACCAAUAGCUUUUGUGGCCUUGGAGCAACCAUUGUGGAUUCCCUUGAUACAUUGUACAUAAUGGGCCUAGACAAAGAGUUCCAAAAGGCUAAAGAAUGGAUUGCACAUUCUCUGGACUUCAAUAAGGAGUGUGAAGCUAGUGUUUUUGAGACAACCAUAAGAGUUGUUGGCGGACUCCUCAGUGCAUAUGAUCUCUCAGGUGACAAGCUAUUUCUUGGAAAAGCAAAAGAAAUUGCAGACAGAUUGCUUCCUGCUUGGAAUACUCCUUCAGGGAUUCCUUAUAACCGGAUUAAUUUGGCAAGUGGACGUGCAUACAACUUAGGAUGGGCUGGGGGCAAUAGCAUCUUAGCAGAUUCUGGAACUGAGCAACUAGAAUUCAUUGUUUUAUCUGAGAGGACAGGAGACCCAAGAUAUCAGCAAAAGGUAGAAAACGUCAUAGAUCAGCUUGCAAAAGUUUUCCCUAGUGAUGGGUUGCUUCCAAUAUACAUUAAUCCUCACACAGGACAACCUUCACAUGGGACAAUCACGUUUGGUGCUAUGGGUGACAGUUUCUAUGAGUAUCUGCUUAAAGUCUGGUUACAUGGGAACAAAACUGAAGCUGUAAGACAUUACAGGCAGAUGUGGGAGACUUCAAUGAAAGGUCUGCUGAGCUUGGUCAAGAAAUCUACACCUUCUUCUUUCUCAUAUAUCUGUGAGAAAAAUGGUGAUUCACUGUCAGAUAAGAUGGACGAGUUAGCAUGCUUUGCUCCUGGAAUGAUAGCUUUAGGAUCAUUUGGUUAUGGUCCUGAAGAUGCCGCAAAAUUUAUGUCACUCGCGAAAGAGCUUGCUUGGACUUGUUACAACUUCUACCAGUCCACACCCACAAAAUUGGCUGGAGAAAAUUACUACUUCCAUGGAGGACAGGACAUGAGUGUUGGUACAUCAUGGAAUAUACUGCGUCCUGAGACUGUUGAGUCACUUAUGUACCUCUGGCGUUUGACUGGAAACAAGACAUAUCAGGAAUGGGGGUGGAAUAUUUUUCAAGCAUUUGAAAAGAACUCAAGAAUUGAUUCAGGCUAUGUUGGGCUUAGAGAUGUGAACACAGGAGUAAAGGAUGAUAUGAUGCAAAGCUUUUUCCUUGCAGAGACGCUUAAAUAUCUUUAUCUUCUGUUCUCACCACCAGAUGUCAUCUCCUUUGAUGAGUGGGUGUUCAACACCGAAGCUCACCCUUUGAGAAUUACACCUCGCCUUAAACAGGAAAUCUUUAAGAGCAAAGAGGAUGUACAAUCAGAAACGAAAACCAAAUCUCCUGUGCGGCAUUUGGGGAGGAAGGAGGGUAGAUCAAUAUCUCACUAGGAAUUGCCUCUACUUAAUAUAUCUCUUUUGCUCUCCUACCUCCAGUUUGUGUAUUAGCUAGAUAAGCCCAGAUUUUUCUCACAGUUUUGGUGAGUUAUCUUGUUGCCUGUGCAUCAGGCAUUUGAAGGAAUACAUAAUAUUUAAUGACACCAAGGAGAUCAGGGAAGAAAUUAGUUUAACGGCAGGUUCGGUUAAGAUGUUUAAUCAUCAAAUUGAUAAUAAUAGUUUUCAGUUAGUUGAUUAGCUGUAUGUUUGAUGGAGCAAUAGUGAAACCCUGUACAUUUAUGGGAUGUUGACUGAUUGAAACCAUGGGGGUACUGUCGCUCCUUUUUUUUAGAAUCCUAUCUGUAUCAAUUCUUCAGAGGCGUUAGAUUAGAACAUGUAUUCUUGGAGAAUUUGUCAAAAAUACAUGAUUUAAUAGUAUGUUCUUGUUCCAUGAA